GCUUUCCCCUUCCGCUUUUCCUCUACUUUUUUUGCCGACGCAACAUCUGCGCAGCUGAGGAAAUCCCCCGCGGGCGCAAACCGAAGCUGCGUGACGAUGAAGCAUUUAAAAAAAUAACUUUCGAAGCAAUUUUUUUGCAAUUCCUACACAACUUGCCAUGAAAAAAAAAUGCCAAUGGAGGGAUGACCGCGUUGAUGUUUCUUCGUUAGCGGCGGGGAGAACUUUUUUUUUUUUUUUUUUUAUUUCGCCCUCCCCUUCAAGUGUAAAAUGGGUGAACAUUUGCGUACUUGACAUUUUUAAACAUGGCGGAUGAGGAGAGCUCCUGCGCAGGCGAGUAUUUCGUUUCCAAUUUGCCGUACGAUGUGACGGAGGAGGAGCUGAAGGAUUUUUUCAAACCGACGUGCGAGGUCACCCACUGCAGGUAGGAGAGUGAAGAGGUACUCCUCAUCGGAGCAAUGUUCAGAGGGGAGUAGCCCCCCUGGGGGGUGCCCAUUUGAGGCGUGAAAUGAGGCGUCCAAAAAGGGCUGCUAAAUGAGGGCAGCCACAAGAGUCACACCGAUGCAUUACGCUUCUGUUUCACUUCUCUUCCCCACGAAUUUGCAGACUGAAGAGGACAAAGCUCGGCAUUACGAGUUGCCACGCGUACAUACAGUUCGGGGGCAGUCCAAACGGAGUAGCGGUGCACGUGCGAAGGGAAAAACUCAAGGGUAGACAGUUGUGCAUAGAAGCAGUGGGAAAUGAAAACGACGAGGGGGAAGACGGGGAGGAGUUCCCCCCGUGGAAGCAGAGUCAGAGAGACGGACGGCACAACAAUAGAGUGCCAACGAAGCAGCAGAGGGAUGAGCAAGCAAAGCGUAGAAUCAAGUGGAACCCCAAAAAGGUGAAUGAAAAAAUAGAAAUUAUUAACAAAAAAGGAAUUAUUACCAAACAGGGACAUGCAAUUCUUAAUAACAUGCAUAUGUAUGAUGUGGUCCUUUUAAUUAAAAAAAUGCAACAGCUGGUUAGACUCUCUCCUCAAGCGGCCAUUAAAAUUUUGAGCAACAAUCAAACGGUAUACUACUCCCUCAUUCAUGCCCUCUUCCUUUUGGGAAUUCUAAACAUUGAGAUGAACCCCCUUAGCGAGGAGGAAAUCACUCGGAUGAAGUUUCAUUCUCUUAAGAAUAAGUUCCAGUUUCUGUGUGUGGAGAGCGAGGAGGAAGGGGAGGCAGACGCGUUGGCGGGGCAGCCGUGCCACCCGGGGGGUGCCGGCGGGUAUGAAGUUGUUAGGGGGCACGCCGAUAGGGGUGAAGCUGACUGGGGUGCUUCCGAAUGGGGUGCCUCCGAAUGGCGUGACGCCGACCGGGGUGCUGCUAACCGGGGUGAUGCUAACGGGGGUGAGGCCGACCCAGGGGAGGUGAGCGACGGGGCGGGCCCGCCAUGGGGCGGCCAGAAUCACAACUACGAGCAGAGUGGCAGGCGGCAGCUGUACGACAGGGGAGGAGGGCCGAACGCAGUCAACAUGGGGACGACCUCCUCAUCGAUGAAGCACUUAAGGGGAAAGAACCAGCCGGUGAGUAAUAGGAAAAAUGCAUCCCGGGGGGUGUAUAGCACAAAUCAGGGUGCCUCCUAUGGGGGCAAUCAUAACAGCUAUGCGUCCAUUAACCAUUUGUAUGUGCCGUCGGACGAAGGGCAGAGCGGGUACCCGGGGGAGAGGGAUUCCGCCUUUGGGGAAAUGGAGAAAGAGGCAGUGAAGGGGGGGGAGGGCCAAUUUGGUCGAUCGAAUUUGUACGGCGCGGUUGGAAGUGGGCACCACGCACAGGAGCACUUGCAACGUCAAGUGCAACGCCAAGUGCAGCACCCCGCGCGGCAGCAGUUCGCCCCACUCGCCCUCUCAAUGAACAACAGGCGGGGAGACGCCGGCGGGUACCCCCUCCAGGGGAGCUACGCCAGCAAGCAUACCAUGAAAGGAGGCAAAGUGAAGAGCAAAAGUAAAGGCAAAAAUAAGCAAAAGAAUAAGCAGAAGAAUAAGCAAAAAAAUAGGCAAAAGAAUUUCACCAAUAUGAUGCCGCUCGGCAGCAAAGCGGUCAGUGGAAACCCCUUUGCAGGUGGGGGCAGCAGACCAGUCGACUACGCCAGUAACAGUAUGCAGGGAAACCCCAACGCGUAUGAUUACGGAGGGGAGUUCCCCAGUGGAAGGAGCACAGGUUUGUAUGCAAUGCGUGGUCAGGGGGACACAAAAAUGGAAAAGGAAAUUUAUGCAAAUUAUUAUGCGAGUGAUGCUGCUGCGGGGCAGCGUGGCGGAGGGGAAGGGGCGGACCCGUUUGACAAACAGGUCGAUUACGCUGGUGAGGUGAGCAACAUGCGGAUGAACAGUUAUGGUGGAAACGCACAACGGAGGGGCAACCCCCCCGAGGGGGGCGCAGCCAACAGGAGGAAAGAUAGCUUGACCAACUGGGAAGGAAAUGAUGGGACGUACCAAAGUGAUGGAAGCGGUGUGGGUGGAGCGGAUGCCAGGGGGGAACUCCUCAAAGGGAACCGCCCCAGGGAGGAGCCCACCUCGGCGCUGUACCGGAGGGUCACCUCCAGACAGCCUCAUCACCAGGUGGAAAGCGAAGCAUCGCGGAGAGAUAGCCACACGAGCGACCUCCAGGGAGAAAACAUACCCGAAGGGGAACACCUCGAGUUGGGGAAGAGGCUAAUAAAAAAAAUUAACACAUCUACCAACCAGAGGAGGGGAAUCAAACUGAUCGACCGGAACAAGGGAAAUGAAAAAAGGAAAGAAGAAGGAGUCAUAAAGAUAAAGAGUGUAGACCUCCAUAAUGAUGAAGAAAAAGCGGAAGAAAAACUGCUAAGCAGUAGCUUGAGGGCGUUAUUAAAAAAGGUAAAUCUCAGUUUGAAGGACAUUCCCUUUGCAGAGGAGGAGCUGGUGAAGGAGGUGAUUAAUGAGAAGCCCAUCCUCGAGAACAUCCUCAUUAGUAAAUAUGCGGACAUGGCUAGCUGGAACCGGGAGCAGGUGUUGCGAGUCCUCUCCAUUAGGAAGUCCCUCAAGAGCCGCGGCUACAGCGUUAAUGGGGUCAUCUGA